UUUUUGGUAUAAAAGGCAAGCAAAACACCGAAUUAUCUUUAGUUCGAUAUCAAACAUGAAAAUAAUAGUAGUCAGUCUAUUGUUGGCGAUUUCCCUACUGGAACAUCGUGCAGUCAGCGCCAAAAGUGUUCUAAAUACUUUGGCCAACGAAAUUGGUGCAGAUGCCUCCGCUUUGGGUGAUGAAUUGGGAGAAGAGGUUGGUCAAUUUGGUGAAGAGGCUACCAAAACCGGCAUUGCAUAUGGCAAGGCAGCGGAAAAUGCCUCCUCCGGUUGGCAGCUUGGACGGGAUGGCAAUAUUUUCGGUCACGAACUGGGAGAUGAGGGCACUGUUUUAGGGCAUGAGGCCUCAAAUAGCGCCAUUAACUUUGGACACGAAGUCUCUCAGGAAGCGGAACAAGCUGCCAGUGCCGAGCUUAGUUCCUUGCUAAACCAAUCCGCAAACUCCUCUGGCUUAACAAAGAAAUCUGUCAUUAAGCGAGAAAUCGUGAGCAAAGAAAAUCCCUCCGUUACCUGUGCUUGCACCUGUUCAAGUAAUGGAAAUGUCACUAAAAUUGCAAAUGCGGCCCAUGAUGUAGCUAGCGCUGCUGGUAAAGUGGCCUCGAGUGUUGCCGGUGCCGCUGGAAAUGUAGCUGGGGAUGCUGCAAGUGCAGCUGGAACUGUUGCUCAUGAUGCUGCCGGAGUUGCCUCGAGUGUGGCUGGAAGUGUUGCAAGUGCUGCCGGAAAUGUUGCCGGAGAUGCAGCAAGUACUGCUGGAAGUGUUGCAAGUGCUGCUGGAAGUGUCGCUGGAAGUGUUGCAGGUGCUGCUGGAAAUGUAGCUGGAAGUAUUGCAAGUGCAGCUGGAACUGUAGCUGGCGAUGCAGCUAGUGCUGCUGGAAAUAUUGCCGGAGAUGCAGCAAAUGCUGUUGGUAGUGUUGCAAGUGCUGCAGGAAAUGCAGCUGGUAGUGUUGCAAGUGCUGCCGCAAAUGCAGCUGGAAGUGUUGCAAGUGCAGCUGGGAAUGUGGCCGGUGAUGCAGCUAAUACUGCUGGAAGUAUUGCUGGUGACGUGGGCAACGCUAUUGGUGGUGUUACAAAUGCCGCUGGAAAUGUUGCAGGUGAUAUUGGAAAUGACGCUGGAAAUAUUGCCGGAGAUAUUGGAAAAACGGUCGGCAACAUAGCUGGAGAUGCAGCAAAUGCCGCCAGCAAUGUUGCGGGAGAUGCAGCUAACGCUGCUGGAAAUAUUGCUGGUGACGUGGGUAACGCUAUUGGUGGUGUUGAAAAUGCCGCCGGAAACGUUGCAGGUGAUAUUGGAAAUGCCGCUGGAAAUAUUGCCGGAGAUAUUGGAAAAACCGCCGGCAACAUAGCUGGAAAUGUAGCAAAUGCUGCAAGCAAUAUAUUCCACGAAAUAUUUUAGAGUGCACAUAAUAAUUUCUACUUCAUUAUUCUAAUAAACGAACGAGCAAAUUAAUAAAACAGCCAUUUUAAAUUUA